UGAGAGAGGAGGAAUUUGAAGACAGGCAGCGGGCGGGACACCCUCACAUCCCUUCUCCGGUGUCACACCAUUAGGACUAAUUAACUCUGUCAAUUUAGAAGUCGGGGAGUUUUGCCUCCGAUUUGCAAUUUCCCCGUCAGCUUCGGCUGUGCACUCAUAUUUUGCACUGACAGAGUAAAGGACACGUGUUAAGUUGAGUUCAGGUGUUUUGUAUGGGGUUUCUGGAUUUGCAGCGGUCGGGGAACUGAAUCACCGGCCGGUUGAUGAACCUCCAGGCGGGCAGCGGUGUAUCCUGUCCUGGGAGCGCUCGACAGUAGCACCCGGGUCACUUCGCAACUAAAUAACGCAACAUAAAAAAAAAAACACCGGAACUGUAAUCUGGAAGUGCUCUCGCUGUCGUAAUCCGCAUCUGUCACCGGGGUUUUGAAAGUCGGAACUAGAAAUGGUGGGCAGGUUGAAUUUGUCAAAUGUAUGUGAAGGAGAUCCGCUGGAUAUGAGCUGCAGGGCGGAACGAGGACUGGACAGCCCGGACUCCGGCUUGCCCCCGAGCCCGAGCCCCAGCGCCUGGCUGCUGCCUGCGUGCGCGGAGAAAGCCGGGGGUACGAGCCCGGUGUCCGAGGACGAGGGCAGAGGCUCGCUGGUUCCAGUUUUACCUAUCGGAUGUUAUCCCCAGCUGCAGCCCUUGUCCUUUGGGGAGGGGAUAGCACUUGAUCCAUUACCGCCAAAGGAAAUAAGAUACACAUCACUGAUGCGCUACGACUCACAGCGCCACUUCAUCCAGGAUGUGGCCCUGCAGCCGCGUGGCCAGGGCCUGGAGCACUGCAGCCAGACUGUCAUGGCCCUACCACAAAGCACCUGGCGCCGCUACAAGACACAACUGGACUUCCAGCCUCGCCAGCGGCCCCAGCGCUUCCAGAGCACCACGAUCAUCUACCCCAAGCAAACACGUGCUGUCUACACCACAGAGCUGAGCUACGAUUGCCACCGGCUAGCAAGAAGCUUCCUCUCCAGCGUGGAGCUGGAGGUGGCCAGCUGCAGAAAGCUACCUCAGUGAGGGGAUGAUGGGGGGACAGGGCAGUGUGGUCGUUUCCAUGGCCCUUAAAGUCCCCAAGGCUGACUACCAUGGACCUGCCGUGUUGUCUCUUUACAGCCGUGUAGCCUGCCGUCCACUAGUGAUGCACAAGAAGCCAAUGUGCCGAGAUAACUAAGAUAUCAAGAAGUGACACAAAUGAGUCAUUAAUUGCUUCAGUUUGUAGCUAGUCGCAUGGUGUACAAAGACAUAUUGGAUUUGUUUUCAACUGCUGUUUUUUUUUUUUUUAACUUUGUAAAUUGGAGUCAUAUGGGCUGAGAUGAGGAUGAGGACUGAGAAGGGGAGGGUCCUUAUUUGCCCUCUGCAAGAUCAAUGUUGUCACCCUUCAUCAAUCAAGCAGGAUUAUUGGGUUUUAAAAUUUAUUGAUAGGGCUCAGAUUCUACAAAAGUUGACAAACACACCCAGGCAAAAUGCAUUAGUUCAGAUAGCUGUAAUUGAAGAUAGGAGUAGUUAUAAAACUGCUAAGGUACAGUAGGACAUUGGUCAAAGCAACUUGUAAGUAAGGCAGUGAAAAGGGCGAUGAAGUUGAAUGUGUUGGAGUGUUGAUACAGGCUAAGGGUUCACUGAGGGAGAGUUAGGUUUGUAUCUACACAGAGGGUGUGGUGAGGAUUGUAUACACAUGGUUUAGCCACAAACGGUCUCUUCCAGAAAUCAUAGGGUGUUAUUUGGUAUUUCUGCACAGCAUUAACACAAGCUAAGCCCUUCCCAAACCUUCUCGCUGGACACUGUUGAUGGCUCCUGUUUCAUGUAUUGUGUAAAUGUGAGUAGAUUAAGGGAUCAUUUCUGGUCAUGUAGGUGCAUAAGCUGCUACUAGGUGAAUACAUAGGCAGUAUAGAUGGAACGUGAGAGUGGAUUUUAACUAAGAAGUGGAUAGUAUUUCGGUAUCCAGCUCCCACUGGUGUAACUGGUGGGACAGUAACAGCCUGCGUUCCACUGCUAUCAUUUCCUUUCGCUUGAUUCAGUCAGAAAUGAUGUAUUUAUUCUUCUGGACUUCCAUGACCUGAGGAUUUAUCAGCUUGAAUUACGGGACAUAUUUUUGUGAUGCCCUGUGUGCCCUAUUGAUGUAUGUACUGAUGUAUCUAUUGAUGCCCUUUCUGUUUUUUAGCUGCUUGUUUAGUGCCAGUUUGAAAUAAAUAAAUUAAAUGCACUAUAAGAAGUG